GGAGGGGACUGCCCGAGGCUGGGGCGGCUCCAGGCUGCCAGCCCAGGGGACUGGUGGUUUCCCAGUAACUGAGCCCCUGGCAACCUCCCCGUGAUUCAGCUUCGCCUUUCUAAACUGGAAUCAGCUUGCUCUCUCCUCCUCUUCCUCCUCCUCCUCUUCCUCCUUCUCCUCCCCCUCCUCCUCCCCGUCCUCUUCCUUUUCUUCUCCCUCUCACUUUGCCUCUUCCCCAGUUGACCCAGGGUGUCCCUCCCUGCUCUCAGCCCCUGCAUCCCCAUCUCUGAGCCCUCCCCCGCCCUUGAACCCCUGCACCGGGCCUGGCGCCCCUUCCCUCCCCUGGGCCUCAGGAGCUGCCCCUGCACCCGCCUGCCCUGCAGGAUGCCCCAGCUGAGCCUGUCCUGGCUGGGCCUGGGGCCGGCGGCCGCCUCCCCGUGGCUGCUGCUGCUGCUGCUCGGGGCCUCCUGGCUCCUGGCCCGCGUCCUGGCCUGGGCCUGCGCCUUCCACGCCACCUGCCGCCGCCUCCGCUGCUUCCCGCAGCCCCCGAUAAGGAACUGGUUCUGGGGGCACCUGGGCCUGGUGCCCCCCACGGAGGAAGGGUUGAGGGAAGUGACUGAGCUGGUGGCCACCUACCCCCGGGUCUUUAAGCGGUGGCUGGGCCCCGUCUUUCCCCUGAUCACUUUGUGCCACCCCGACUUCGUCCGGUCUGUCCUCAGCGCCUCAGCUGCCGUCGCACCCAAGAACGUGGUCUUCUACAGCUUCCUCAAGCCCUGGCUGGGGGACGGGAUCCUGCUAAGCGCCGGUGACAAGUGGAGCCGCCACCGCCGCAUGCUGACGCCCGCCUUCCACUUCAACAUCCUGAAGCCCUACGUGAAGAUUUUCAACAAGAGCAUAAACAUCAUGCACGCCAAGUGGCAGCGCCUGGCCUCAGAGGGCAGCGCCCAUCUGGACAUGUUCGAGCACAUCAGCCUCAUGACCUUGGACAGUCUGCAGAAAUGCGUCUUUGGCUUCGACAGCCACUGCCAGGAGCGCCCCAGCGAGUACAUCGCAGCCAUCUCAGAGCUCAGCGCGCUCAUCGUGAAAAGAAAUCGGCAACUCCUCCUGCACGCGGACCUCCUGUACCACCUCACGCCCGACGGGCGGCGCUUCCGCAGGGCCUGCGCCCUGGUGCACGGCUUCACGGACGCCGUGGUCCGCGAGCGGCGCCGCGCCCUCGAGAGCCAGGGUGUGGACGGCUUCCUCAAAGCCAAGGCCAAGUCCAAGACGUUGGACUUCAUCGAUGUGCUCCUGCUGGCCAAGGAUGAAGAUGGGAAGGAGCUGUCAGAUGAGGACAUACGAGCAGAGGCUGACACCUUCAUGUUUGGGGGCCACGACACCACGGCCAGUGGUCUCUCCUGGGUCCUGUACAACCUCGCGAGGCACCCGGAACACCAGGAGCGCUGCCGGCAGGAGGUGCGGGAGCUGCUGAGGGGCCGUGAGCCCGCAGAGAUUGAGUGGGAGGACCUGGCCCAGCUGCCCUUCCUCACCAUGUGCAUCAAGGAGAGUCUGCGGCUGCACCCCCCGGUCCCUGGCGUCUCCCGCAGCUGCACCAAGGACAUUGUGCUCCCCGAUGGCCGGGUCAUCCCCAAAGGGAAUGUCUGUACUAUCAGCAUCUUUGGGAUUCAUCACAACCCGUCAGUCUGGUCCAACCCUGAGGUCUAUGAGCCCUUCCGCUUCGACCCAGAAAACCCCCAGAACAGCUCACCCCUGGCGUUUAUUCCCUUCUCGGCGGGGCCCAGGAACUGCAUCGGGCAGACCUUCGCCAUGACCGAGAUGAAGGUGGUCCUGGCGCUCACCCUGCUGCGCUUCCGCGUCCUGCCCGACCACACGGAGCCGCGCAGGAAGCCGGAGCUGAUCCUGCGCGCAGAGGGCGGCCUCUGGCUGCGGGUGGAGCCGCUCAGCGGGGACCUGCAGUGACCCACCGCGGCCAGGUCUGGGAGACUCCAAACCAAUCCACCUGCCUGUGCAGCCUCCCAGGAAUAAAACGGCUGUCACCUGUGCCUGAGCCUCGCCCAGAGCCAGCAGGGGGCGCGCGGGGGCUGCAGGCACCUGCAGGUGGGACCGGCUGGUGGGGCGGGUGGUGUCCCUGAGCCCAGGAGCCUGAUGCACUCUCUGGCUGACCACAGGGCUCCCUCGCUGAUGGCUGGUUCUCCCAGAGCCCAGGGAUGGACUUUUUUCCAUGGGCGAGAGGGAGCCAUGGGAGGUAUUUGAGCAGGAGAAGGACCAGGAUUUAGAAGAGACAUAAGUGGCAGGCUUCAGACUCUAAGUCAUACAAACAAACACAUAGAGUCACUACACUUCCACUACCCUGACCUCGGUUCUAAUCUCCUAAUAAGCUCAGUCUUUUCUCACUUUGGGGAUCUUCACUGUGGUUCGUAAAUCACUCUGUUUAUUAAACACAA